UGUGUGUUUCUGAGGGGGACGAGAUUGGCUGCGGCACAGACACUCAACGCCCCCCCUGCACCCGCCCCCGGCCCCUGCACGGAGCCUGCGGCUGGCCGCGGAGGGCUCCCCACAAUGGAGACUGAGCUGCCCGAGUCCUCUCCCUCCCCUGACUCCCCCCAGGAGGAGCCGCCCGGCAGGCCCCCACGCCGGCUGCCCCACCAGUGCAGCUUGUGCCAGCGCCGCUUCGCCCAGGCCCACAGUCUCCGGCAGCACCGGUGCCAUCCCCGCGACCCGCCCACCCAGAGCCCAGCCGGCGGCGAUUCCCACAGGUGCUGCUCUGGCACCAAGCAUGGGCACCAGUGCCAGGUGUGCGGGAAGCAGUUCAAAUUCCCCUACUACCUGGCGCGGCACGGCCUGACCCACAGUGGGCAGAGGCCGUUCCAGUGCCCGGUGUGCCACAAGGUCUUCCGCCGCCCAGCCCACCUGGCCCGCCACCAGCGCACCCACGCCCCCCAGCGCCUCCCGGAGCCAGCCGUGCGCCAGCAGGCCAGGCCGCCGGGCGAGGAAGCCGACGAGAAGCAGGUGCUGCUGCAGGAGGAUUGGACGUUGCUCUGCCUGGCUUGCCAGGAGGCCUUCGAGACCAAGGGCGAGCUGAAGGCGCACAAGUGCUUCAAAACCCGGGGCCGGGCCGGGCCAGGCGGCGCCCAGCGGCACCAGUGCAGCGUGUGCCACAAAUUCUUCGCCCGCCCGUGGUCCCUGUCGCGCCACCGCCGAGUGCACACGGGUGAGAAGCCCUUUGCCUGCCCCGACUGCGGCAUGGCCUUCCGCCUCUCCUCCUACCUCAAGCAGCACAGCCGGUGCCACGGCCCCGGGGCGGGGCUGCCCUUCGCCUGCCCGCUCUGCCGCCAGCGCUUCCGCAAGGCGGGCGAGCUGGCCAGCCACCGGCGGGCGCACGGGACAGCCGCCCCGGGGCCGGAGCAGCCCCGCAAGGGCAGCGAGUGCAGCGUCUGCGGGAAAGCCUUCAAGAGCAAGUACGACCUGGCCACCCACUUCCUGAUCCACACGGGCGAGCUGCCCUACCCCUGCGGCCAAUGUGGCAAACGCUUCCGGCGCCUCUCCCAUCUCAAGCAGCACCAGGUCACCCACACGGGCGCCCGGCCCUUCCAGUGCGUGCUCUGCCAGAAGGAGUUCAAGCGGCUGGCCGACCUGGCCCGCCACCGGCAGGUCCACCAGGGGGACAAGCCCCACCAGUGUGGGGUCUGCCACAAGUUCUUCUCCCGCGCCUACAGCCUCCUGCGGCACCAGCGCGGGCACCGGCCCGAGCUCUUGGCCAGCACCCUCCCCGAGGCCUUCCUCAGCAACUCCUGCUUCGACAGCCAGGACCACUCGGCCUUCUGCACCCUGGAGGAGGAAGAGGAAGGGGGCGCGGCCGGCGGCUCUGGGGAGGGCUCAUGAUGUGCCCAACAGGCUGGAUUUGGGAGGGGUCAGAUGGGGGGGAAUUCCCUGGAGCUUGGUGGGGGGGACCCCUGGAUCAGAGUUGCAGGGAAGGGGUCCAAGGCCCCCCCACCAACCUCCUGAGCCAGUCCUUGAAAUAUACACCUGGGAGUUUGGGGGGGUGC